AUGGUGUCCAUUUCAAACUUUGAUGUUGUAUCCGUUGGUGUAUCAAAUGGUGUCUACGAAAAUAUGACAGAAUCGCAAUCUAUCGAUGAAGUUUUGGCAGAUAAAGGCUUGGAGGAUUCAGGAAACUUCGAACAAGAUUCACCAUCGAACUCAAAUGAACAAAUCGAUGAACACUCUUGCUCACCAAUGCCUUCAUCAUUCACUGAUGAUAAACAUAUAUAUACUAAUAUAAAGGAAAUGAAUGAAAUUAACAAUAAAUCUCUACCACCAAUCCCAGAGCCUGGUUCUCAACCAAAACGUAACUUGAAUAAUGGAUGGUUUGAGUAUGAAACAGAUGUUGGGAGAACGUACUUUCAUAAUCCUGAGUUAGAGAAAAGCCAAUGGAUUCCUCCACGUUUCAUAAGAACCCCUGCAGAAGUUCAAGCCUUUUUGAAAGCAACCAGAGACGAAAUAAAUGAAAAUUUCACGACAACAACAGAGGAACCUGAGAUCUCAGAACAAUCAGAAGACGUUAGAGACUCUAAAGAUUAUGAUGUGCCUAGAAGCUUACUAGAGGAGUGUAACGCUAGAUCUCGAAAUUCAAGUGGAAAAGUAUCGGAACCAGAGCAUAGCACUCAUUCGUCGUCAGUCAAAAAAGAUCCUGAUGUUGUGCUAACAUCUUUUUCCUCUAGCGCUGUUGGUUCAGAUUUAACAGCAUUAGUACAGGGGGGGCCAUCAUCAACAACGAAAUCUGUACACUCUUCUCCAUCUAUGGGCAGGUCGCAAUCAGUUAAGAAUAGAUACGGGCAGCUCAAAAAUGUGCCACUUCCACAGGUGUUGCCAACGACAAGUAGUAAUUAUCCCAACUUUGACGGAUUAUCACUAGAUAAAACAAUAAAAUCAGCUGAUGAUCGGGACGAUCGUCGCACAUUGGGAGGUAUCGAAUCCCGCGAACCAGUUAGGACAAUACGAUCGGGUAAUAUGGAAAUGACACAAUGGAACAGUGUUGAAACAGUAGUGAGAACUAAAAGAAGAGAAUGGCAAGUGAACUUCUUGUUUUUAACAUCGGCUCAUCUCAUUCUCUAUAAGGACCAGAAAUCAGCUGAGAAAUUGGGAAAUCACUAUGGAUCGCCAAUUGGUGUUUGUGAUUUGCGCGGUGGAACUGUUAGUUGGAAUAUUGAAAAAGAAAGAAAGAAGCGUAAAGUCAUUCAACUGGAAAUGAGUUAUGGUCCAAAGUAUUUGCUUCGAACACCAAACGAUAAUGAAACCAAGGAGUGGUUCGAUGCUUUGCGUGAAGUUAUUUGUAAUUUGCCUGCUGCUGCUCCAACAACGGGACUUCCACUUCACUCUUCUGUCAUUGAUCAAUCAUGUGCUGUAGUUCGGAAUCCUUCCACACUUUCUCAUCGUCCACAUUCGACCUCGCUGUUGUCAACAUCGCGCUUAUCGAAGAAGAACGAUGUUAUGGCACAAUCGAGUAUUGAGCAAUCAACACAAUAUUCUACGUGUGAUGAAACUUCUGUUUCUAGACAAACUAUACUAGAGAGAUUAAAAAGGUUCUUCCGAACAAGACCAACUGUAGAAAGCUUGAAAGAGAAGGGAAUCUAUAAACCUGAGCCCGUUUUUGGUAGUACUUUGGCUAGUAUUUGCCAGCUUGAAAACACUCUGGUUCCCAAAUUCAUCAGAACCGUCACUGAGCUGAUUGAAGAUAAAGGUUUGGAAGUUGAUGGACUCUACAGAGUCAGCGGCAAUUUAUCUGCUGUACAAAGAAUCCGGUGUCAAGUAGAUCAAGAUAAAUAUAAUGCUCUGGUUAAUGAAGAGGACGUUCAUGUUCUCACUGGGUCUUUGAAAUUGUUUUUCCGUGAACUGGCAGAGCCUGUCUUCCCGAUGGCAAUGACGAAAGAUUUUUUGUCUGCGAAUCAAGUUCAACAAGCGAAACUGCGAUUCAAAAAGUUUGAUGAGCUACUGAAGAGCUUACCCCCCGAGAAUCGUGAAACAUUGAAGCUACUGUUGCGACAUUUGCAUCGAGUAGCAGCCCAUUCAGACAAGAAUAGAAUGCAAACACAUAAUCUAGCAAUAAUGUUUGGACCAACGUUGUUUUAUAAUGGAGAAGAGAAGACGAAGAAAGAAAACAAUAAGAAAAGUAAGAAGGAUAAUAAAAAGGAAGAACCCGCUCCUGUACAGUCCAACUCCCAUCUUGCUUUUCACAUGAUUAUGCAAGGUCAAAUCGUAGAAUAUUUAUUAAACGAACAUAAUCGUUUUGAAGCCCUUCAAGGGCCUGUUCAGAAAAAACCAUCAUAG